UUCCCAUUCACUCUCUCUCUCCCUCUCUCCCUCUCUCUUAUUCUCAACACUGAGCACCUCUUUGUAAACUGGUUCACUUACCGCCGUUUCAUUUACCAUCCGCUCAAAUGGACCCGGUUCAGGCCGCCAUGUUCCGGCCACCGGAAACUCCUCGCGAGCCCAUGGAGUUUCUCUCGCGCUCCUGGAGCGUCUCAGCUCAAGAAGUAUCCAAAGCCUUAUCUCCUUCCCCUGGCCAAGGCCAAGGCCCACUCGCAAAGCUCAACCUCAGCUCUGCUGUUAAUGGCGGUGGUGGGCCCAUACCUGAGGACUUGGCCGGAGAGUUAGACGAGAGUGCUAGUUUUUCGGGGAACCCAUUUUCGUUUGCUUCCUCUGAGACCUCUCAGCUUGUAAUGGAGCGUAUUAUGUCACAAUCUCAAGAGGUAUCUCCACGCACCUCAGGUCGGCUCUCACACAGCAGCGGCCCUCUCAACGGUUCCUUAACCGACAGCCCACCUGUCUCUCCCUCUGAAAUUGACGAUGUCAAGUAUGGCCGCUCAAACAACCACCACAAUACCGGGUUUAGAGCCACCGGUGCUGGCGGCACCGCCACGUCCGGUGGUGGAAAGACGGUGGGUAGGUGGCUUAAGGAUAGGAGGGAGAAGAAGAAAGAGGAGACCAGGGCCCACAAUGCCCAGCUCCAUGCUGCUGUUUCUGUUGCUGGGGUGGCUUCUGCCAUAGCCGCCAUUGCUGCUGCCACUGCCGCCUCAUCUGGGUCCGGUAAAGAUGAGCAUAUGGCCAAGACUGACAUGGCCGUGGCCUCUGCUGCCACAUUGGUUGCUGCACAGUGUGUGGAGGCGGCUGAGGCCAUGGGGGCUGAGCGAGAACACCUUGCUACAGUGGUCAGCUCUGCCGUGAAUGUCCGAUCUGCUGGCGAUAUCAUGACAUUAACGGCUGCCGCAGCAACAGCUUUACGUGGUGCAGCAACAUUGAAGGCAAGGGCAUUGAAGGAAGUGUGGAAUAUAGCAGCAGUUAUUCCUGUCGAGAAAGGGGUAGGAGUAGGUGGUAAUGGUAGUAACGGUAAUUCCAACAGUAGUUUCAGUGGAGAACUUGUUCCUGAAGAGAAUUUUCUGGGCGUCUGCAGUAGAGAAUUACUUGCUAAGGGUUGUGAGAUCCUCAAGCGCACCCGCAAAGGUGAUCUUCAUUGGAAAAUUGUCUCUGUUUAUAUCAAUAGGACGGGUCAGGUUAUGCUGAAGAUGAAGAGCAGGCAUGUUGCUGGGACCAUCACAAAAAAGAAAAAGAAUGUGGUGCUGGAGGUGAUUAAAGAUAUGCCGGCUUGGCCUGGUCGCCACUUGCUCGAGGGCGGUGAGCACCGGCGUUACUUUGGACUGAAAACAGUUAUGCGUGGAGUUGUAGAAUUCGAAUGCCGGAGCCAGAGAGAGUAUGAUAUUUGGACUCUCGGCGUCUCAAGGCUCCUCUCCAUUGCUGCAGAAAGGCACAAUAGACAUAGGGUUUGAAUUGUGUUCUCCAACAAUAUCAGAGGGAAAACAUUUGGCAGAUGGGGGAAUUGGCAAUAGGAUAUAUGGCCAGCUGAAAAUUUACAUGAUGGGUGGGUAUUUUGGUACUUGGCUGUUGCUGUUAGUUUGUCUUGCUAUUGUAAAAAGGAUAAAUUAAAGGUUAUAACUUAUCCCAA